CAUUUAUCCAAAUUUGAGCCUCUCAUCGAUAGGUCAUCACCUUCUGAGUGUCACGACACACACAUGAAUCCUUGUCCAUCCACACAGCAGCACAGUGAUGAUGAUAUUCACUGCGUCACACAUGAAGAUUAGCUAUAUAUACAGAAGAAGGCCGUCAACUUUGUGGUAUACACACAGACAGCAGUCAGCAGACUAAAACCAGUAGGACAACACGCCAGGACAUGCGGCCUCCCACGCCAGCGGCACAGAACAGGGGGGCCGCUUCUUGACGCCGUCCAUCCAUCCCUGCCCCUGUUUGGGACAUCACAUCACACACAUGCGAUGCACCCAGAGCCGCAUCUGCCCACUGACUCUCCACGACAAGUUCACCACCGCCGCCGCAUCAGAGAGCCAAAUGGGACGGUCCAUCUGACGUCUGAUGCGACGAUGGUGGCGAACCGAUCAGACAAAGUCAGUAGGCAGACACCAGCCAGUGAUAGCCUUUCUGUUGUCGAUACAGACCGCCCCGCUGUUUCCGCCGCUCUGCCCACUGCGCCGCCCGCCCCAGACGCUCUGCGUGUCCUCGACUCUAAUCGAAACACACAGUGAAUCUGGUCUGGGCCGUACAGUGGCCAGAGAGGCAAGAAAGUGGAGCUGGCAACAGGUGAGUCACUUCGAGAAAGACACCGCCACACGAACCCCUCGUUACAGAAAGACAGCACACAACGGACUGAACCGCCUCUCUCAGCGCAAAAGACAACAGCACCAUCUCACCAUCACCAGCAGCAGCAGCAGCAGCAGUGUGUUUGUGUGUGGUCGGCCGAUCGGCUCAUUGUCUGUCUAAGCGGUGAGUCCGAGUUUGUUGGCCUCUUCCUUCCAGGAGGGGUACAUCUUGUUGAGGGCCUCGACGUAUUUGACUUUGGCCUCAUCGGCCGACAGACCCUUGACACUGCUCCACGCCUCAUGCUUGGCCUGACCACACAAAGGCAACACGCACCACCGACACACACGACGUGUGCAGUGUGUGUGCCGCUGAUCUCCGUGCGCAUCUGUCUGUGCCACUCACUCACUGCUCACAUUGGCCUCGAACUGUAUGGCCCAGGGCGCGUCGCCCUUGCAGUCGCCCUCCGUCGCCUGCUUGUAGUACCUAACCGGCCAUCACCACACCACAGCAGCCCAAGUGCAUGCCGCUCUGGAAGUCCCUCUCUGUGUGUGCCGUGCUGUGGUGUGUGUGUACUUGUAGAAGUUGAGCCUGUCGUCCUGCGUCGGCUUCACCGGCCCGUCCUUGGGCAUCGACUGGACGAACUUGGCGGCAAGCGCGAAGUCUGACGCAGAGGCCAUCGCUGGCAGGGACGACGUGUGUGUCAAUUGGUGUGUGUCGGCAGGGAGGAAGAUGGGCGGGGGAGGCAGAUCACACAGGAGAGAUCAGCAGCGGUCUUCGAGCUGCGGCAAGAGGCUCAGAUGCAGAGACGGAGACUAACC